AUGAAAGCCCAAACCCUCGCCCUCGCCCUCGCCCUCUCCGCACCCCUCGCCUCCGCCUACCAAGGCAAAAUGACCAACUACCAAGUUUCCGCCGGUCUAACCUCCUGCGGAACGACGCACGCCGACUCGGAAAUGGUCGUCGCCCUCUCCCUCUCCCUGAUGCAGCAAGGCUGGCCCGGCAACCCAAACGACAACCCCAUGUGCAACACCUACAUCAACAUCUGGAACCCCGACACGCAGGUCCUGACCCAGAACGUUAAAGUCGUGGACUCCUGCCGCGGCUGCGCCAUGUACGAUAUCGACGCCAGCAAUGCCGUCUUCGCCGCCGUGGCAGAUCCGGCCCUGGAUCACGGAAACGGCUGGGAGAUUGUCGAUUGGGGAGGAAACGGAGUCGGCGGGAAACGUGAUUUGGGCCUCGAGACGUUGACGGUCGGGCCGGUGGGGAAGCGGGAGCCGCAUCAUCCGCAUGCUAAGGUGGCGAGGGAGGAGAAGGGUGAUGGCGAUGAUAGCCAGAUGGCCGGGUGA